CCUCAAACAGCAAACAGUUACUCUCCUUCCCUCAAUCAGAGUUCAGAGAAGCUGAGAUCAUCAUCAUCGAUCCUCAGGGAUCAUCAAACCCCCCCAAGAUCUCACGAUCUCUGUAAAAUUAAUGGAGAAGAAAACCCAUCUCCAAUUGACUCUCUCGAUCUCUUGCCUCUGCCUUCUUUGGAUCUCUGGAUUGGCCUCAGUUUCUUCCAAGUACUCAUUGGGCAUUGAUCCUAUAGAUGAGAGCUACUACCAAUCCAAUGUAAUUAAAUGUAAGGAUGGGUCGAAGAAAUUCACGAGAGAGGAACUCAAUGAUGAUUUUUGUGAUUGCCCAGAUGGAACUGAUGAGCCAGGGACAUCUGCAUGCCCGGAAGGGAAAUUCUAUUGCAAGAAUGCAGGUCAUAUUCCUGUCACGAUUUUCUCGUCGCGAGUGAAUGACGGGAUUUGCGACUGCUGUGACGGGAGUGACGAGUAUCAUGGAUUAGUGAAUUGUCCAAAUACAUGUUGGGAAGCUGGAAAAGAAGCUAGAGAAAAAUUGAACAAGAGGAUUAAAACAUAUCAAGAAGGAGUCAUCAUACGGAAGAAAGAAGUAGAAAAGGCAAAACAAGAUAUUGCUAGAGAUAAAGAUGACUUAUCAAAGCUGAAGAGUGAGGAGAAGAUACUCAAAGAUCUUGUUGAUAAACUUAAAGAGCAUAAAGAACGAAUAGAGAAGGCAGAGGAGGAAGAACGUUUGAAGAAAGAGAAGGAAGAAGAAAGACUGAAAGAAGCUGAGAGGCAAGCAAAGGAGCAAGAGAAGUCUGAUAAAGUUCAACAUGACCUAGCAGAUGGGGUUCAUGAAGCAUUACCGAAGCAGGAUGUGCCAAAAGAGGAUCAUGAUCCUCAAGGUGAAGCUACUAGAGAUCAUAGCGUUGAAACUGAGUUGUCUGCCAAUCAUUUUGUGGAACAGCAUGUGGAAAAGGGUCAUGAGGCGCAACACAAAUCAGAAAUUACUGAACAUUCUACAAGUGACGGGGAAUCUCCUAGUGAUACAGCAAAUCAGAAUUUAGCUGAAGACCAAGGCAACCUCAUUGAGGAUCGUGGCAAUAAUGGUGGCACUGGAAAUGUUGAGGCAGAUUCAACUUCUGUCAAAGAACAGGAGCAUGGAGGUUCUGAUGAUACUUCAGGGUUAUCAAAAGAAGAGCUGGGUCGUCUUGUGGCUUCUCGUUGGACCGGGGAAAAUGCUGGUGGUAAGUCAGAGGAAGCAGGUAGUAGUACUGUGGAUGACUUAAACCAAGAUUCUACCAAAGAUGAUGGGGAGGAUGACGAUAACGCAUAUACUUCAGAAACAGAUGAAGAUAGGCACAAGUAUGACGAGGACACUUAUGAAGAUGAACUAGAUGAGACAUAUGAAGAUGAUCAUGUAGAUGAUCAUGUAGAGUCUGAGGAAUCAUACUCUGAUGAUGAAAUCCGUGAAGAAGAUGACAACAAUGACUUAUAUAAUAGCCAUUACUCAGAUUCGACUGACUCAACUAGCUCAUCAUGGUUGGAUAAGAUUAAACACACCGUCAACAAUGUUCUAUCAUCUUUCAAUUUUUUCAGGACUCCUGUGGAUCUAUCAGAGGCUGAUCGUGUUAGGAAGGAAUAUGCCGACUCUAAGUCAAAGCUGUCCAAAGUACAAUCAAGAAUAUCCAGUCUUACUGAUAAGCUAAAGCAUGAUUAUGGCAUGGAGAAGGAAUUUUAUUCAUUCCAUGGUCGUUGUUUUGAGAACAAGCAGGGCAAGUAUCUUUACAAAGUCUGUCCAUUUAAACAGGCUUCUCAAGUUGAAGGACAUAGUACUACUCGAUUAGGGAACUGGGAAAAAUUUGAUGAAUCUUACAGAAUUAUGCAAUUCACCAGUGGAGAUAAAUGCUGGAAUGGCCCCGAUAGGAGUUUAAAGGUUAGACUUCGAUGCGGAUUAAAAAAUGAACUAACUGAUGUUGAUGAACCAAGCCGAUGCGAAUAUGUAGCGUUGCUGUCAACUCCUGCCCUUUGUGUAGAAGAUAAGUUAAAGGAACUGCAGCAGAAACUAGAGCAAAUGAAUUCAAGGCAACCUGAGAGCCACGACGAACUUUAAAUUCUUCUGCUCAAAUUAUCAUAUGGCUGAGAGAAAGAAUGCCCAAAUUCAACUAAGAAAUUAUAUUUAUCAUCUAUAUUAUCAAAGAGAUAUCAAUUGGCAUUUGGUGAUUGGAGUUUUGAGCGAUCUCCCAGUUCCCGAUAUUUAAUAGGUUGUAAACUCUAAUGUUAUUUCUUUUCCCCCUUUUUUUGCCACUGUAGAAUACAGAAUGUUGAUUGAGAAUAGGGAAGAACUAGGAGCAUAUGGACAGUGUAAUAAUUAAUUUAGCAAAAAUGAUCAGUCUUUUUAACUCAUUA